UGUACAGUGUACAUGGUUUCAGAUCUGCUUGGUACAAGAUGGAGAGUGGAGUUCCAAAAUGGGCGCGAACUCUACUUAUCUCGUUGAUUGCGGCAGUAUGCGCAGCAGGCAUUGUUGCAGGAAUUUGUGUUGGAGUCUUUUCACAGAAGAUAAGUCAGGUCGGUUGUGAACUAUCAGGAAACUGUGAUGACUAUUCCAUCCCUCAUCCCAUACAGCUUUCAACUGAUGCUGGUGAUGCUACUAUUGAUGAGCAUAGUAUAGAUCCUGCUGUUCUCCCAGCUCCUUCGUCCAGUUUAAUGAAAAAAUAUAAGUUGGCAGCUGUUGCAGUUGACUCAUUAGAAUGUUCAACAGUUGGAAGGAAUAUAUUGGAACGAGGGGGGAAUGCAGUUGAUGCAGCCGUAGCUACUCUUUUUUGCAACGGAGUUGUAACUUCACAGAGUAUGGGCAUUGGAGGAGGGUUCAUUAUGACCAUUAGAACGAGUAGUUUGCUGGGUCCUCUUGCAGCUGGGGUACCGGGGGAGGUUAUGGGUCUAUGGGAAGCAAAACAGAGGCUUGGCAACCCUAACAUUCCUUGGUCUGAUUUGAUUCAGCCGUCCAUAAAUCUUUGCAGGAACGGGAUCACCAUUAGUGCUCAUGCAGCUAAUGCAAUGAAUAUAACGAAAUCAAGCUGGAAGGAAGACCCAGGAAUGAGAUCGGUCUUUCUAAAUUCAGAUGGGAAUAUUCUUCAAGAAGGAGACGUUUAUAAACAUCCAUUACUUGCGCACACACUGGAACAAAUUGCACAGAAGGGUGGUGAUGAGUUCUAUAAAGGAGAUAUUGCAAAGAAACUAGUUGAUGAUAUUCAGAAAUCAGGAGGAAUCAUUACAAUGGAGGAUAUGAAAAAUUACAGAGUAUCCUGGGAAGCACCUGUUACAGCAAAAAUACCAGGGACAGAGUUUACAAUUUUAUCUUCCCCCCCUCCAGGAAGCGGUUCGGUAAUGGCGGCUAUUUUGGGCAUAGCUGGGGCAUACAAACCAAACCCAUUAGAUAGAGGAGAUCCUCUUCUUUGGCAUAGGUUUGUUGAGGCAUGCAAGUUUGCGUACGCCAAGCGUACAAUGCUCGGAGAUUGGCAGUCCGCUGAUGUCAGAGAUUUAGUGCAAGGUGUGGUUUCAAACCUGACUUCUGAAUCCUGGAUUAUAGAUACAGUGAACAAAAUUAGUGAUGAGAAAACGUUUGACAGCCCUGAACACUAUGGAGCAGAUUUCUAUAAUGUUGAGGUAAACUGUUAUUUUUAUUCGGAAUUUGCCAAAGAAAACAAUUUUGUAAAAAUCAAGGGAACACAGCAUGGUACGAUAAGAAUAGAUAUUUGCAUAUUAAUGCAAAAACAUGAUAAGUUGUAAAUUUUGUUUGGCCCC